AUGCACCGAAAGAUAAUUAGAGAAAGAAUUUAUCUUGUGAGGAGAAGGAAUGCAUGCAUGAGGGACUGCACCAUGCUAUUAGUGUUAGAAUUCUCUAAUGCAUUUUACACAGCAAAGGAUUAUAGGGCAUCCGUGUUUGCAUUGUCUUCACAGCAUGUGCAUGAUGUUUGGUUUAUCUUUAAUAAUAAUAUUUGGUUUAGCAAACUGAGUUUGCGUUGUAUGAGUAAUACAACCACACCUCCUGCACCAUCAACCCAAGCUGCAGACAAGGCCAAUUGGGACUCUUCCCAAACCAAAGUGUUUGUUGAUCUUUGUGUCGAACAAGUAAAUGAAGGACGUAGGCCUGGUUCACACUUCACCAAAGAAGGUUGGCAGAAGAUAGUGACUGGCUUUUUUGAGAAAACAGGGAAGCGAUAUGAUCAACCACAAUUCAAGAACAAAUGGGACAAUCUGAAGAAGGAUUACAAAUUGUGGAAGAAACUGCGUAUUCAUGACACUGGGACUGGAUGGGAUAGUGUCCGUAACACUAUUCUUGCCGAUAAUGACUGGUGGGAGGAAAGAAUUCAGGAAGACAAAAAGGUUGCAAAGUUUCGAAGCCAGGGACCAGAAAACCUUGAGCAGUUGGAGGCACUAUUUGAUGGACUUGUGGCCACUGGUGAAUUUGCAAUGUUCGCAGGUGCAUCUAACCAAAAUGCUGGCCAAACUAAUCAAAGGACCAGCGCUGGAGAAAAUGUGGAUAAUAUCCAUCUCAGCUCUGCUGCUUCCAGUGAUCCAGAGUUUGACAUAAACAUUGAGCAAAGUAAUGAAGUAAGUAGCUCCCCCACUCCGCCAAUUCGCCAAGUUAGGAGGAGAUCAGUAACACCAGGGAGCCGUGGGAAGAAGAAGCGUAGGGCAUCCGCGUCUGAUUAUCGAGAAGACAUUAGCAAGUCCUUGGGCAAUCUUGUGUCCGCUGUGAGCAGCCGGACAAAUGCAAUUGUCGGUACCCCUAUUUCAUAUGCAAAAGCUGAAAUUGCUGACUGUAUGAGAAUUUUGGAGGAAAUUCCAGAGACUGCCGAGAUGGGAGAUUUGCUAAUGUUUGCUCUUAAGUUGUUUCAGAACAAAGAUCAUCGUGAGUACUUCACUGCCAUGUUACGCAGGGACUGGCAGCUUGCAUGGUUGAAGAUGAUGUACGCGGACGCAAAGGCGGGUGGGGCAGGAGGCAGUGACUGA